AGCGCCACCCAAGAACACUACCCUAGAAACUGUGACGAGGUGGUUCGGCAAGGUGGCAUGCAGUUCCAGGGAGACUACUACAUCAUGAUUAAACCUGACGGAAUUACUCGCCCCUUCAGAGUUCUGUGCCAGACGUUGAACAACUCAGGAUGGACUGUGAUCCAGAAGAGGAAGGAUGGGUCUGUAGACUUCUUUCGAAACUGGCAAGAAUACAAAAAAGGCUUUGGAAACCUAGAGGGCGAGUUUUGGCUCGGCAAUGACUAUAUUCACCACCUUUCAGUUCAGGAGCCCACCAUGCUGCGGAUCGAGAUGAUCGACUGGGACGACAAGACCUACACCGCUCUGUACGACACCUUCACCAUCGAGAACGAGAAGAACCUCUACCGCCUCCACAUCGGCAGCUACCAUGGCGACGCCGGCGACUCCCUCAAGUCCCACUGGGAAAACCACGACGGCAUGCCCUUCAGCACCAAGGACCGCGACAACGACGGUCGAUACUACGACAGCUGCGCAGAGCAUUUCCACGGCGCCUGGUGGUUCAACAACUGCUUCGACUCCCACCUGAACGGCAAGUACUACCACAAGGGCUUCCACAAGAACUACUUCCAGCGCGACGGCAUCCAGUGGAACACCAUCCACAUGUACUCCUCUCUCAAAGGCCGUGCAGAUGAUGGUCAAGCCCGGAGUGGCCCCGCCGCCUGUCUCCACAGCGCCUCCUGGUGAUGAAGCUAGUGACGUCAGCGAUGCCAACCAGAGGAAGGACCGGUCACGGGGGCGGACUCGAGGCGCCAACAGCGGCAGGCGAGAACGCACGAAAGCUUAAAAAAAAAAAGGAAGUUGCUCGAACGGUGGGAACGAGUUUGCGCAGACGAUGGCGUUAGGCAGAGACAACCAAUCAACAAAAGACAGUGGAAACGAGGUGACCGAUCGACCUGAACGGACUCGCUGGAGGAAAUGUGGUUCAGAGAGUCAGAUUGUUGGUGUUAUGUACAGAACUGAACUGAAUCAGCGGCAAAGUGACCGAUUCUUCAAGGACUGCUUACACGUUUGGCUGACAAUCGGGACGGUCACUGGAAGUUUGUUUUUGUAUUAAUGCCACAAACAGUGCUGUAAGCUGUAAAUAGACUUGAGACACUGGACAAUGUGAAAUACUUACUGGCAUGAGCAAAGGGUUUGUGAAGUCAGGGGUCAGUAAACAAUAGAAGGGAACUGAAAUGAUUUCAUGCUUUAGACUAUCAAAUCUUACGAGUUGAUUAACUUUAGGUACUCUGAAAAAAAUCCUAGAAAUUUCUGCAAGUUAUUCUGGCUUCUUUAACGUUUUUAUUAUUCGUGUGGGGUUUUAAACUUUAAUGAACCUUAUUGAUGUAGUAUAGGUUCUUUGGUGUGUGUGUGCGCGCGCACGUGUGCAUAUGUACAAUUGUGUCCCAGUGAAUGAGUGUGUUUGCCUGUGUGUAUGUUUCUAAAAGCUUGGAAAGUGCACAAUUGCUAUAUUUCUGAAUACUUACAGAACAGUAUUUUAAAAUGAACAAGAAGUAUCAUGCACGGUGGUGACUAAUUUGAGAUUUUAAAAUUUCAACCCCUACACAGAAUUUCGUUGUAAUUUUCAAGACUUACUGUUUUUGGCAAACGGACUGACAACGCUUAUGUACUGAUAGUGAAAGAUGAAAAUGAAGUCAUUUGACAGACAGAACAGUCGAGACCCAUUCACUCUUGUUCCUUGUGCAUGUUUACAGUUUGCCUCCGUUUGUCCUUUUUUGUUCUUCUUUGAGUGCCCCCUGUUUUAUGCCGAACUGCAUCUAGUUUGAUAUUAUUGUAUCCCUCGUCUCUGUGUCUCUUGUUCAAGCUGGUGCAUAGUAAAUAUUGAUGUACUCAUCUACUUUGCGUCACUUCAUAAAGUUUCCGUGUAGAAAUGUUUUAUAUCUUUGUAUUUCUAGCUUUUGCUCCGAUUCAGGAUAGCAACAGUUUGUCAGUAUUAUGCAAUGUAUUAUAAUAAUCAUUUUUAUGCAACAAAACAUCCGUAUUCUGGUAGUCUACGUGGACACAGCAGUGUGAACAGCACUCACUCACGAUAUGUCUACUGACGAGUGUCGUUUACUUUGUGUCUGCGGUGUUGACAGAGAAAUGUAAGCUAGCAUUAUGAGUUUAUUGUGUCCACUGACAAGUGUAAGCUGGUAAACUGUAUUUUUCCUUCUGCGCUGUUCACUGAAAUGUGUAAACUGCACUUGAGCAGUUGAGUGCCCGGGACAGGUGUGGUAAGCUCAUGUGAGCUAAAAGACAGAACAGAAUAUGGUAACCCUCGUGUUCGAAAAGACAGAAUAGGCAGUGAACAUACUACUCUCCUUUUCCUACCCCAAGUUCUCUCCUCCCACCCGUACCUUUCACCUCGUGCCAACGUGUCUGUCGAGAAAGAAGACACUGUCAGUUCAGAAAGCUCACAUCUGGGUUAACACGAGGAUGGAAGGAUGAAAGCAAGACAAAAUAGUUCAAGUGUGAACCUUUUGUUUUAUAUGAAGAAUUUGCUUUCAAAUAAAUGUCUUUGUUAUAGGAUUUGUUUCUGUUGUUAACAAAAAUGUAAAUAUGCAAUAUUAAGUUGACACUAUGCAUGUGCAGUGGUUAUGAGAAACAUGAGCUUUAUGGACUUGUAGUCAGGCGUCAGUGUGUCAGAACGAAAUGACAGAAGGAGAGAGCACGUGUCUAUGCGAGCCUGUGUGUGUGUGCGCGCGCGUGUGUGGGCGGGUAGAUGGGUCGUUGUACAAAGGACGUAGAAUUAACGUUUGUUCAUCAGACCUACCUAUCCGACGAUGGUUGCCAAUAUUGCUGUUAUGAUUGGUCAGUAUGUUAUGAAGUUGUGUGCUGGUCACGCCACCUGGUGGUGUCCGGCAAGCAGGCAGGUGUCUGACGUGUAAAUAAUGUACAUUCUCUGACUUUUGUCACAUGCCUCGUAAAUGCAGCAAGCGAUUUCAGCCACUCACCUGGCCUUCCUAAACUUCAUUUAAGUCUCCUUCUUAUGCAAUAACUUCCGCCAGGUAGACUUGGUCUGCCAAAGCUUGUCUAUGCCUCUGCUCCGGCCUGCUGUAGACCUGUAUAGUGUUAGCUCGUUGUGCUGUGUUUUGUAAAUAACGAUUGUCCAUCAUUUUUGUAAUCUGCACUGAAAUCCGCCUGGACGCAUGCCUUCUGAAUAAGCAAACAUCUUUGCCUUACUCUUGUAGCCUUUUGCAUUUGCUUUGGCAUUGUCUUCCUGAUUCGUUUGUCGAUUUUCCUUUCCAAGGAAACUGCUGUUACCGUUCUUUAAAGCAUUUUCUACCCCAAGCAAAUGUAAGGGCAUCUGUGUUAGGGUAGGAAGUCGGUGGAGUUAUAGUUUUGAUGUCAACAGAGGGACGAUUGUACACGACCGUAUCUGUUCUUUACGAUUAAUAAAUGUGUUACAGCUCUGAUGGACGAA